AUGGUGUUCAACAUAACCUCUAUUAAGACUUCAUCAGACGGAGUGUGGCAAGGCGAGAACCCCCUACAUUAUGCAUUUCCAUUGCUAAUAAUUCAGACUACACUCGUCGUUUUCAUCACUAGGUUGCUUUCGUUCUUCCUCAAACCUCUGCGAGAACCUAAAGUGAUCGCCGAGAUACUUGGUGGAAUCCUGCUAGGGCCAUCAGCUUUAGGCCGAAACAAGGAAUUUAUGUCGUGGAUUUUCCCAUCUUGGAGCACCCCUAUUUUGGAAUCAGUAGCGAGUAUCGGGCUCUUGUUCUUCCUCUUUCUUGUUGGCCUUGAACUUGAUCUCACCUCCAUUCGUCGAAGUGGAAGGAGAGCAUUUGGUAUUGCUGCAUCUGGGAUCUUGCUACCAUUCUUGUUUGGUGUAGGAAUCACGUUCCUACUCAGGAAAGCAGUCGUCGGAGCAGACAGAGUUGGUUAUGUUCAAUCCUUAUUAUUCAUGGGAGUUUCGCUCUCCAUUACCGCCUUCCCAGUGCUUGCUCGAAUACUAGCAGAGCUUAAAUUGCUAACAACUCAAGUAGGAGAGACAGCCAUGGCAGCAGCAGCAUUCAACGAUAUUGUCGCCUGGGUACUGCUGGCUUUGGCAGUGGCUCUCGCUGGCGGGAGCCACCAAAGCCCGUUGGUGUCACUAUGGGUCUUACUUUCCGGCACAGGAUUCAUCGUUUUUAUGGUAGCUGUAGUCCGUCCAAUGAUGAAGUGGGUGGCCAGCAGGUGUUCAAACUCGGGCUCUAAUGCAGAAGAAGGCUAUAUAUGUUUGACACUUGCUGGGGUGAUGUUAUCAGGAUUCAUGACAGACCUUAUCGGGAUUCAUGCCAUAUUUGGUGCAUUCGUUUUUGGUCUAAUGAUUCCAAAGAACGGGGAAUUUGCUGGAAGGUUGAUAAGAAGGAUAGAAGAUUUCGUUUGUGGCCUUCUGCUGCCACUUUACUUUGCUUCAAGCGGGCUGAAAACUGACGUGAGUAAGAUACACAGCGUAAAGGCAUGGGGGCUGCUGGUGGUAGUAAUUAUGACUGCUUGCACUGGAAAGAUCCUCGGUACAUAUCUAAUGGGAGUAUUGUGCAUGAUUCCAGCACAGGAAUCGUUAGCUUUGGGAGUACUGAUGAAUACCAAAGGUUUGGUUGAGCUUAUCGUUCUCAACAUUGGCAAGGAAAAAAAGGUACUCAAUGACGAAAUGUUUGCUAUACUAGUGAUGAUGGCUCUAGUUACUACAUUCAUGACUACACCAAUGGUGAUGGCUGUAUAUAAACCUGCCCGGAGCAUCUACUCCAUAGUCCACCAUCGUUCACUUAAAGAGUCAUCCUCCCACUAUUUACAGACUCUUAAAGGGGAGCUUCGGGUCCUAGCAUGUGUCCAUGGGUCAAGAAACUCGUCUUCGGUGAUCAACCUAAUAUAUUCUAUCCAGUCUCCCAACACCUACUCCAACAUGAAGCUCUAUAUCAUGCACUUAGUUGAACUAACCGAGAGGUCCUCAUCCAUAGUGAUGGUGCAGCAGGCCCGUAAGAACGGAGUCCCAUGGUUUGAUUCAGCGAUACUGAAAGCAAACAAAGUCAAGAUUCGGUCCUCAACAGCUAUCUCAGCACUGCCGACAAUGCAUGAAGAUAUAUGCCAUGUGGCAGAUAAGAAGAAGGCAUCAAUCAUCAUUAUACCCUACCACAAACGGUGGAGAAGGGGUGACAUAGAAGAAGAGGUAGCCGACACUGGAUUGGGUUGGGAAGUGGUUAACCAAAGGGUCCUUACACAUGCCCCAUGCACCGUUGCGUUGCUGGUGGAACGUAACAUGGUUGCUAGGAUCCUUAAAAGGGUAUGUGUGGUGUUCAUAGGCGGUCCUGACAAUCGUGAAGCCCUUGAGCUAGGCAGCAGGAUGGCAGCGCAACCUGCUACCAAGGUGACCAUCAUUAGGUUCCUAAUGAAACAAGGGGGCACUAACCGGCCCAUUUUGCAUCGUCUAUUUACAAAUUGCUCGGCUACUUCAUCUAAACAGGAACUAGAUGAGAUAUCAUUAGAAGAAUUCAAAAGUCAACGGGAAGGAGAGGCAGAGUACAUGGAGAAGGCAACUCACAGAAUCAAAGAAGAACUACUCGAGAUAGGGCAGAGCAAUGAGUUUGAGCUGGUGAUCGUUGGCAGGGGUAGGUUUCCGGAGGCGUUUGUUUCAGGAAUCCUUGAACGUGAAGCUCAAGAUUCGAGAGAAUUGGGACUUGUAGGAGGCCUAUUAGCAUCUUAUGAUCACGGGAUUGCAUCUUCAGUACUAGUGGUUCAGAAACAUGAGCUAGCUAAAGAGGACCAAGGCCGAACCAUGUUUAACCAACAUUCGGUCUAAGAACAUGAUGACAGAGCUGUAAUGAAUAAUUCCAUGAUGGUUUUAUAUAAUCCCGAUCAUCACAAGGAAAGUGUUGGAAACAUAAAUAUGUGUGUAUUAAGUGUAAAUAAAUAAAAGGUUAAUGACACCUGGGAAGAAACACGGCGGAAAGGAAAGGAUGCGUUGGUUCG